GAAGAGAUGAGAGGGCUCUUUGGAGCCGGGGCGGUGGCGCGCCUUCAACACUCCUGGCAGCGGUGCUCGAAGACGCUGCCAGGAUGGUUGUCGCAUCGUCGGCUGUCGACGGUUCCUUUGUCGGAGGCGAUGAAGCGGAAGAGGGUGGUGGGGCACUUCGGCGACUCAUUCACCGAGCCACAGGAGACGCCCAACGAGGGGAUGCACCAGAGGUGAACACGUACACACACUCAACUCAAUGACUCACAAUGAUCCAUUGAUUGAUUGACUCAUUCACUCAUUGAUUGUGAUGUGUGUGUGAUGGUGUGUUUGGUUGCUUUGUGUGAGUCAGGUACGGCCAGCAGUUCGACAAGGUGAAGCGCAUUCUGGCGUCGACCAACAUGUUCUCCCACGCCCUCAUCGAGGAGGAGUGCCUCGAGUACUACAACAACCUCGGGCUCAACGAAUACUACUUCCAAACCACCGCACCUGAAAUGAUCGCCAAAAACCUGCAGGCACACACACAUACACAACACACACAAAACGCAUGCAGAGACCCCUAUGACAUGGCUGUGGCUGUGGGUGUGGCUCUCUGCGGUGCAGUCGGUGAUAGCUGCCAAGAUCCUGAAUCGUGCGAGCGACAACGACCUGUUUCCGGUGAUCCAGCAGGAGACCGACACGGAGGUCUUCUGGAUGGCCCGGUCGUCGCUGCUGAACCGCAAGCAGUCGCAGAACUACCAGGUGGAGCGCAUGCUCGAGCAGAAAUACCUCAACCUGGGCGGGGUGGACGUGGCCGGAAAGGUCAAGCCGUGGAGGCUGCAGUGCUACAGGUGCGGUGGCUGGGUGGGUGAGACGGCGGGCAGGCGACGUGUGUGUGUAUUACGGGUGUUAGGUCGACUGGUUCGAUCUAUGACGACCCUGAGAAGUACUCUGAGCGGCUGCGGACGUACUUCCUGCAGAGGAUUGAGUACCCCGAGUACACGCCAGAGGUGAGGAGCGAGCCACAGACAGCCACUCGGCCACACCAUGUGUGUGUUGCCUCUGUGUGUGUGUGUGUGUGUGCAGGAGCUUCAGGGCCUGGAGAACAAUUCCGAGCUGAAGCGCAUCACAGACGUGUAUUUCUACGCCAACAAGAAGGGCACCGCCACCGAGGAGAUAUUCCAGAACCUCGUCAACAGAGUCGUCAACGACCCUUCGGGCCUCGGUAUCUUCAUCAACGUGGUCAGACACAGAGCUGCAACCACCAGAUGCAGCCAGGUCACACGUCUGCUUUGUGUGUGUGUGUGUGUGCGUGCGUGUGUGGCGUGUUCAGGAGCCGCGCGAGGAUGGGUAUUUCCGUCUGGACAUUGCCUUUCGCCGCCACCACAUGGUGGCGGACUUCUUCUCGACGGUCGGCGACACCAUCGCCAUGUGGGGCAUGUACUCACAGCGGAAAUACGUCGAGCCGCUCGCAAACGGUCCGUCACGCAGCCCACCAACAACCCAUUGCCUAUUGGAUCGCCCGAAUGGUGCAGGUGUGACGAUGAUGACGGCCUUCAUCCAUUUGCUGCCCGACCCGAACGAGGUGAUCCACCCCGAGCUGACGCUCGAGAAGCGGAUAUCCCGGGUGGUCAAGGCCCUCAAGAUGCAGUAUCUCCUGCCCAGGAGCCACUUCACUGACCUCGCACAGGCCCGGCUGCUCAGCGUACACGAGGCCGCAUACGCGUACGCCGUCUUCCGCUUCAUCUACCAGUUCAGCGGAACCGUCGGACCCGCCUUUGCGCGGAUUGCCAAUGUGCUACAAGGUGGGGGGGAUGGAAGGAGUCAGAAGGUGGUCCGCUCACCGUGUGUGUGUGUGUGUGUGUGUGUGUGUCAUGUGUGCAGAUUCGGCUGAGGUGUCGAGCCAGGAGUUGUAUGAGGUCCGCAGUCGGCUCAAAAGGCCGCCGUUCUCUGAGGAAACGAUCGGUGACGCCGUGGCCAAACAUCCAGACAUCGUCAGGAAGCUAUACAAAGAGUUCCAGGUUCGUUGGGCAAACCAUCGGCAGGAAGGAAGCGCACCCACUGUCUUGCUGCCUCUGUGCGUGUGUGCGUAUAUGUGGUGGGCGUGUGCUCAGGAGCUGCACCAUCCGACGAUAUACAAGGCGAAUGACAACCAGCUAACCCCAUUCAACCCCGCAGCACCCGUCGCUGCUGACAUCGAGCGGCUCGACGACCCUGAUAGGGUCAGAAUAUUCGGGUAAGCGCAUACGCGCAGACGACAGACGGACAGGACGCCCCCACCACGCACACCUGUCGACAUGGGUGUCUGUGUCUUUCCUUCCUGCCUGUCUGCCUGCCUGUCUGCCUGGCAGGAUGUUUCGCGAGUUCAAUCAGUAUGUGGAGAAGACCAACUUCUGGAAGGAGAACAAGCUGAGCCUGGCCUUCAGACUCAACCCGUCCUUCCUCCCUGACAGCGACUACCCCGAGAAGCCACACGCCGUCAUCUUCGCAGUCGGCAACGGCCUCUACGGAUUCCACACACGCUUCUCAGAGGUCGCCAGGGGCGGCAUACGCGUCGUAUGGUCCAACUCACAACAGGUCCGGCUGCACGAACACUUGCAUGCCUGUUGACGCCCUCUCCCUCUCUCUCUCUCUCUCUGCGUGUGUGUAUGCGUGUGGACGGGGCAAUGUGUGUGCAGGCGUACCUUCAGAACCGGCAGCGCGCGUUUGACGAGUGCUACAAUCUGUCCCGGACGCAGCACAACAAGAACAAAGACAUCCCGGAGGGCGGCGCCAAGGGGGUCAUCCUCCUGCCCCAGACGUCCGGCAUCGCGGUCAGACAUAAGCGCCAACCCACAGAGGCCAUGGAUAUGCAUGGAGCCAUUUCUCUCUCUCUCUCUCUCUCUCUGUGUGUGUGUGUGUGUGUGUGCAGGAAGCGGCUGCGUUGACGCCAGUGGCGUUCAAGAAGUAUGUGGACGGCUUGUUGGACCUGCUGCUUCACGACGACCGCAUUGUGGACCGGCUGGGGCACCCAGAAGCCCUGUUUCUCGGUCGGUGAGGAGGAAUCGACAGCACCACCACCACACAGCCCGGAUGCAUCUUGGGUGGGUGAUGGGUCCUUCCUGGCCAGGGCCUGACGAGCACACGGGGACGGGCGGGUUGAUGGACUGGGCGGCCAACCAUGCCAGACACAGGGGCGCCUGGUUCUGGAAGGUCAGAAUACAAAGCUACCGACCAUCACACACCGACUGGCAUUCACUCUCUCUUAUGUCUGUGUCUGUGUCCAGGGCUUCACGACGGGCAAGGCGCCCAACAUGGGUGGCAUCCCACAUGACAUCUUCGGCAUGACCACCACGUCUGUCGAAGGUUUCAUCAAUGGCAUCCUGCACAAGCUCGGCAGGAAAGAGGACGAGGUCACCAAGUUCAUGACCGGCGGGCCGGAUGGCGACCUAGGAUCAAACGGCAUACUCAUGUCCAAGACCAAGACGGUCGGUAUUGUGGACGGCUCAGGGGUGCUCUACGACCCCAACGGGCUCGACCGCCCAGAGCUCGAGCGCCUGGCGCACAAGCGCUUCGAAGACGGGCCCGACCAGACGUGUGCCAUGCUCUUCGACGCGAGCAAGCUGAGCCCCGGCGGCUUCAAGGUGUCGAUUCACGACAAGGACGUCACCUUGCCCGACGGCACAUACGUCCCAUCCGGCCGCACCCUGCGGGACGAGUUCCACCUGACGAGCACGCUGAGGGCCGAUCUGUUCAAUCCCUGUGGGGGCCGGCCUGAGUCAAUCAACGCGCUAAAUGUGCACCGGAUGUUCGACAACGAGGACAUCGAGAAGGGGCACCCGCGGUGAGCAGCAAAUGUCACCACACACACACACACACAUAGGCCAUAUCGACCUGUGUGCUGUCGUCCCGUCCCAUGUCAGGUUUCAGUAUGUGGUGGAGGGCGCCAACGUGUUCAUCACGGACGACGCGCGCCGCGUGCUCGAGAAGCGGGGGGUGAUCCUGUUCAAGGACGCGUCGGCCAACAAGGGCGGCGUGACGUCGUCUUCGUUCGAGGUGCUGGCGGCCCUCACCAUGACAGACGAGGAGUUCGACCAGCACAUGAGGUGCCCGCUGAAGGAGAACGGCGCCAUCGACCUUGACAGAGCCCCCCAAUUCUACAAAACGUACUUGCACGAGGACACCGCACGGGCCACCAACACCCACAGGACAUCUCUCCCCCUCUCUCCCUCUCUCUGUGCGCUUGGUGUGUAUGCAGUUAUGUGGAGCAGGUGAAGCACAAGAUCGAGGAGAACGCGAGUCUGGAGUUUGAGGCCCUCUGGCGUGAGGGCGAGCGCAGCGGCAAGCCCAUCUGCGACCUGACCGACAUCCUCUCGAGCAAGAUCAUCGCACUCGACAACCAGAUCCAGGCACAGGCCAGGGCAUCCCGCAAGGGCGGGCGUCCCUCGUCGCUCUGGGGCGACCCCGUGCUGCGCGAGGCCACCCUGCAGGAGGCCAUCCCCGAUGCACUGUGCCCCGGACUUGUCAAUGUCGAGGGGCUCAUGACACGGUGCGUGAAUGGGGUGGGAGGUGGGGAGGUACAGAUGGAUGGAUGGAUGGAUGUGUGUCCGUGUUCAGGAUUCCCGAGUCGUAUCUGUUGUCGAUCUUCUCCUCCUUUCUGUCUGCCCGCUUCUACUACAUCAACGGCAUCGAAGCAAGCCCCUUCCACUUCUUCGGUCGGUCAGACCACCAACCACGCACGCACCUCCUCUCUGCCUGAUUCACUGUGUGUGUGUGUCUUGUCCAUCGAUCCUCAGACUUUGUUGGUGCGAUCCGCACACGUGGCUGGCAGAGCCUCCGAGAAUCCUACAACGAGGACGCCGCCAAGUGAUGGACACACACGUGGAUGGAUGGAUGGAUGGAUGGAUGGGCGCCUUCGGUCGGUCUGUAUGUCUCUAUCGCUCACUAGUCAGCUAGGGGAAUGGGUGGCUGCAUGGAUGGCCCGUUGUGUGUAUGCUUUUUUCACUGUUGUACAGCUACGCUAAGCUCAUCCUCGCACAGACAGACAGCCCGGCUUCGCGCUUGUCUUUUCAAUUUUCGCCUCAAACAGGCUUAUAGGGUGCGAGAGCCACGCACUGUCGGCUGCAUGUGGCGGGUGCGUGUCGGUGUUGUAACCCACAUGGGCGUGGGUGCGUUGCGUUGUACAGGUGGGUGGGGGCUGUGUGGGUGGGUCUACCUUUCGUUUGGGUGAGUCUGUGUGGUGCCUGCCUGCUGGUGCUGUGGUGCCGUUUUUUCCUGUCAACCGCAGAUUGGUGCUGCGUGUUGUCUUGUGGGUGUGUCGGUGUACUGUGUGUGCGACAGACAGACAGACAGAGCGGCAGAGAGAGAGAGGGAGAGAGAGCGGCGGAGAGAGUUAGGUGAUGUGGCAUAGCGUGAUACGGUGACCAUCUAUCCAGUGAAUGCACCCACUUGUCAC